AUGACUGAGGUUGAUAGAAUGGUGUUGAGACCAAAUCACGAAGGAGAGAUGUGCCCAGUCUGCGGUGAUCGAGUGUCCGGAUAUCACUAUGGCCUUUUGACAUGCGAAAGUUGCAAGGGCUUCUUCAAACGUACAGUUCAAAACAAAAAGCAAUAUCAAUGUUCUGCCGAUUCCAACUGCCACGUAGAUCGAACCUGCCGGAAGCGAUGUCCCAGCUGUCGGUUUCAAAAAUGUUUAACAAUGGGAAUGAAAAUGGAAGCGGUGCGUGCCGAUAGGAUGAGAGGUGGACGGAAUAAGUUCGGCUCAUUCUAUAAAAGGGAUCGAGCACAUCGAAUGCAGAGAAACGCUAUGAGAGUAACCACUAUCAUACCUGUAUCCACUGGGACACAGUCACAACCGCCUACAUUCUAUACACCAGCCGAACAUCAAGUUUCUAGCAGUACAACUGAUCAAAAUGUGCAAAUUCAAUAUUACGAUCAAACAAAAGUAAAAACUGAAUUUAUCAAAACUGAAUAUGACGCACACCUCCAAAGCCCAACUUUAUCCAGUAGCACAAACCAACAAAUAUCCGAUUUCAUUAUGCGACCGGGCUACUUGGUAGAUCAUCAAGAAAGCAUUGCAGCACUGCUGAACAGCACAAAUGAAGAUCAUUUGCUCCGCUUCCCAACAUCUUACCCACUGCCAGAAAUCAAACAAGAGCCAUUCGACUAUACUGAGCAUCACUUCAUCCAUCAUCCACUUUUGGAUUACUCCAAUUACUCAUCAACGGCCAACUACGCCCAAAUGAUGCCAAUGACAACUAUCUCAACCGCUCCAUCUCUUGUAACUUCCACCUCAUCCACAAGCAGCGGAAGAAUAAUUGAGGCCAGCAGUACAUCCCCAAUCCUCCCACUUUGUCCAGCACCAACCGAAAAGACAGUGGACCAUUUCUACAAUAGUUCCAUUGCGGAAAUGUGCAAAACUUUGCCAGAUGACACUCUCAUUCCAAGAAUUCUGUCCCAAACUGUCAAAGCUACAAAGAAUGACGCUCAUGCGUUUGCAGUGCAAGUAGCUGACGAGAAUCUGAAAGAGAUUGUGACCUGGGCAAAACAAGAUCAGAUGUUCAGCAAACUAAACUUGGAUGACCAAAUGAAUCUAUUGCAAACGUCCUGGGCGACAGUUCAUAUCAUUGAUAUCACAAAUGCAAUGGUUCUGGGAACUCUUCAUCAACAAUACAAAGUCGGGAACGGAGAAGAAGUCUCCGUUGGCUUUAUUGCACUGCUGGGUAACCAGAACUUUGUGUCUUCAUGGAACGAGAUUGUGAUGAGUCUGAGGAACAUGGGAUUCAACAAUUUCGAUUAUUGUGCGUUCCGUUAUUUGGCUCUGUUUGAUGAAGGAAUGGAACUCUACCCAGCUGUCUCUGCUGCUCGGUUACGAGUACUUCAAGCAUGGGGAGAAGUCAGGUCCUACACCGCAUUCUUAGAAAUCUUCAACCAAAUCAGACGACUCGCCUAUGACUCUAUGCAAUAUCUAUGGGGACUUCGCACCGUCUGCCCUGCGAUAUGGGAGCUUCUCAACCCGGCCACAUCUCUUGUCCUAGAAAUGCUCAAGACCACUGCUGACAUCCGAUCCGCAGGGAAUACUGUAGUAACUCAAGUGACAUCAAUACAAUUGCCAACUCCACAAACAACAUAUGCACCUGUAGUAUACAUGACAUCCUAA